AACACCCGAGGCCCUUUGGCGGCGAACAACAGGCAAGGCACUUCCGGUGUAUGUUGCCUAGGCGCCGGCCUGCUGGGCCUGAAGGGACGAAGUUGGUGGGUCGUCCCCUCCCCUCCCCCCCCAUUUUUGGGGGCCGAGAUGUCGGGGCUCAGCUACCCAGAGAUGGAGGGCUGUCGUAACCUGCUCGGCCUACUAGACAACGAUGAUAUCAUGGCCCUGUGCGACACCAUCACCAACCGCCUGGUGCAGCCUGAGGACCGCCAAGAUGCCAUUCGUGCAAUAUUAGUGUACAGUCAAAGUGUAGAAGAGCUUUUGAGGCGUAAGAAAGUCCACCGGGAAGUCAUAUUUAAGUACUUGGCAACACAGGGGGUUAUUAUACCUCCAGCUACUGAAAAACACAAUCUUAUUCAGCAUGCAAAGGAUUACUGGAAAAGGCAGUUACAGCCAAAAUUGAAGGAAACACCAGAGCCAGUUAAGACAGAGGACAUGAGACUCUUUCAACAGCCGGAAAAAGAAGAUAAGAAAGCUGAAAAAGUUGAUUUUCAUCGAUUAGGAGAAGAAUUCUGUCACUGGUUCUUUGAACUUCUUAAUUCUCAGAAUCCUUUCCUGGGACCGCCUCAAGAUGAAUGGGGGCCACAGCACUUCUGGCACGAUGUCAAGCUUAGGUUUUAUUACAACACCUCUGAACAAAAUGUGAUAGACUACUGUGGAGCAGAAAUUGUAAGCCUUCGUCUGCUGUCACUAGUGAAAGAAGAGUAUCUUUUUCUCAGUCCCAAUCUAGAUGCCAGUGGACUGAAAUGUGCUUCUUCUCCCCAUGGUCUAGUUAUGGUUGGAGUUGCUGGGACUGUCCACCGAGGGAACACUUGUUUGGGCAUUUUUGAACAAAUAUUUGGACUCAUACGCUGCCCUUUUGUGGAAAAUACUUGGAAAAUCAAAUUUAUCAACCUGAGAAUUAUUGGAGAGGGUUCUCUUGCUCCUGGAACAUUAAUGAAACCAGCUAUUACAUUCGAACAUGGUGAUCUAGAGAGCUUUUAUAACGUAAUUACUUCAUGUGGUACCAACGAAAUACAAGUUGAUGUAAGGCAGGCAUUGGAUAGUGGAACUGGAGACCAAGCUUUAUGCAGUGGAGAUGAGGCAUUGUUGAACAAAAGAGAACUGAGUUUACCCAACCCUCUAAAGCAUUGAGGACUGUAUGUCAGUCUAAAAAAUACAGAAACUCUUCCAAAUACCACAUCAGUAAUGUUUAAGUGAUUUCAGAUGGGAGGAUUGACAUAUUUUAGUUGAAAUAUCUUUCUUGACUACAGACUAAUAUAUUAUGUGAAUACUUGCCUCUUUCUACCUGAGUUGCAGCCAAUGUUCUGAAAGCUUAAUGCAGUUCAUCAAAUAAAUCCCACUUUAGAUGGUAUAACUAACGGUGUGCCUUAGAAACCAGGUAAUACUUUCAUUUUACUUAGUGAGUAUUCUAAUAUCUGUACUUUUCAUAUGAGAGAGAUUUAAUGUAAACUCAAAAGUUAUCACUUUAGGAAACUUGAAUAACAUUCUCACGAAAAAGUCCAAUAAUUUAGCAGGUAGAUAAAAAAUUACUUUCCCUUUUUAAAAUUUGAGGAACAUUUUUCAAAAGUUACCUAUAGUACUCCAAGCUGAUCUAAGCCUUCAGCUAACAGUUUUAUACAGCAUUUAUUGUAGUACCGUAUAGAGGAAACAUACUGUUGAAAUUUUUAAAGAGGUGUGCCCAAUUCCUUUACUGUUUUCCUCUUGCUUGAUCUUGGAAGAGGUGACAAAAACAUAAAACACAAAACACACAUACAUAAAUUUAUAAUGUGGGAUAUCUAUUAUAUACAUAUAUAGACUCCCACAUCAUAAAUUAAAAUUAUUAGGAUUUUUCACCCACAAAUUGUUAAUACAAGGUUUGAAUUACAAGAUUAAGUUGCCAGAUUAAUUACUUAGUUGCUUUAGGGCUUAAAUUCUUCAUCACCUGGCAACUAUUUGCUGAUCUUGGAUUUAGUUAGUAAUUUUAAUUUACAAAAUUUCCAUAUGGAAAAAAUUGAGCUGGGCAUUUUUGUGAUGAUGUGCUGUACAUGGUAAAUUUUUACCUUUAACUCUUCUGAUGAUCACCUAGGGUAAUAAGAAAUUUUGGAAGCAAGAGGAACAAACUUUUUUUUUUUUUUUUUUAAAUGCCAUGCCUUUAUGAGGAGUACAAAUUGAUAUGUCUUAAAAUAAGAACUUAAUAAAGGAGGCAAAUCCCUGGUCUGCUCUAAGAAUAGUGUAUUGUUUAAAGACAGGUUAUGGUUUUCUCCUUUAAGUAUAGAGUAUCGUUAUAACAUGUACUCAAUAAAUUUCCUAAGUAAAGGAUAAAAUUAAAAAAUAUUCCCAUCUGUUUUCUUUGUGGCGUAAUGUCGAGUACUGCAGAAAUACUACUAUAGAUGCUCAGGAUGGGCCGAAGUUGCCUCUAGCUACCUUCAGUAUUUACUUUUUUGAAUUCGUGUAAUGCUCAAGUAAGGUUGCAGUCUCUGUAUGUUCUUUUUUUUUUUUUUUUUUUUUCCUGUAUGUUCUUUUAAUCAAUCUUGGAAAUUUGAAAUCUUCCUGACAGACUCUCUCACUUGAGGAUUGGAAUUAUGAUUUAUUUUCUGUGAAUCCCCACAGCUGGGCAACACAGUAGGACCUAAUGUUUAACUGAAUGGGUAAAGGAAUGAGCAAGCCAAGCUUACAUACUGUGUAGAAGACUUUUCUGCAUCUAGAUUUUGUCUUUGGUUCUUAUCACUGGUGGUGUUUUGAUCAUUUCAUCUGUUUGAAUUUCAUACAUGGAUACACUGAAACUUUGAGGAUCCAAGCUAACUCAGAUUUGGGGGAAAUUUUAACCUUUUAAAAUUUACUCAAUUUAAAAGCCCAGGGGUCAGAAUGGGAUAAACUGAAAGGCCCUAACCAUUAUAGGUGAAGUGUAUACUUUUCUGUUCAGAGAAAGAAGACCUGGAGAUUCUUGAAAUUUAUUCAUGAAGUUUAAAGUUUGGUCAGGUCUUGGAGAAAGUCCCAAAGCACAGUGCAGAUUGAACUCUACUUUUGCUACCAUCCAUUUGUUUUGCUUAUGUUAGGGAAUGGCAGAGACCCCAGCUUUUGGUCUUUUUUGCUUCAUUUCACCCUCAGCUGGAGUGUGAAAGUUGUUGGAGUGAAGUAGUAAAAAAUACAACACUCUACACAUAUUUCAUAGUAAUUGAAUAGUCAAGCC